CACAAAUGCUAGAGAUCCAUUAGAAGUUUAGAUCGAUUUCAUUAUAAUUUUUGUGAGAACUCUAGAUUUAUAUUUUUUUUUUAAAAAAAGACUCGUGGAGAACUCGGUGAAGUAAGACAGUAAACUGGAGAUAUUUUGGAAUCCUCAAAGUAAUAGUAUCAUAUAUCCAUUUCAGAUAGCGACCAAAAAAGAACCGUCAGAAUCACUCGGCAAAAACUCUGCGGUUGUUACUAGAUUGAUGAAAAAGAAGUCUAGUCCAGACUCCAGAUGAAUAAUUUACCAGAUGAAUUACUCUUGGAUAUUUUGGGAAGGAUUAAGAGAACCACUGAUAGGAGUUCUGUAUCCCUAACUUGCAAACGCUUCCACAAAUUGGCUAAUGGGCUGAGAACAUCUAUCCGCGUGGGAUGUGGUUUACAUCCUGCCUCUGAUGCGUUAACUGCUCUAUGCAACAGAUUCUAUAACUUGGAGAAAGUGGAAAUUAUCUACUCUGGUUGGAUGUCCAAGUUAGGGAAGCAGUUGGAUGAUCACGGCCUUCUCAUUCUUUCAAGUCAUUGCCCUUCACUCAAAGACCUCAUGUUGAGUUAUUGUACUUUCAUUACGGAUGCUGGUCUGAGUUACUUGGCUUCAUGCUCGAAACUUGCUUCCUUGAAGUUGAACUUUGCCCCCAGAAUUACUGGUUGUGGCAUCCUGUCUCUCGUUGUGGGCUGCAAAGGCCUCACUGUGCUUCACCUGAUUCGGUGUCUUAAUGUCAGUAGUAUGGAGUGGCUAGAAUAUCUUGGAAACCAUGAAAUUCUUGAAGAUCUUUGCAUCAAAAAUUGUAGGGUGAUUGGAGAAGGUGAUUUGAUUAAGCUAGGGUCUACUUGGAGAAAAUUGAAGAGACUGCAAUUUGAGGUUGAUGCCAACUAUAGAUACAUGAAGCUUUAUGACCGUUUGGCAGUUGAUCGGUGGCAAAAGCAAUGGAUCCCAUGUGAGAACAUGCUUGAACUUAGCUUAGUGAACUGCGUUAUCAGCCCUGGGAGAGGGCUUGCAUGUGUUAUAGGCAAGUGCAAGAAUUUGGAAAAGAUUCACUUAGACAUGUGUGUUGGGGUGAGGGACUGUGACAUAGUAUGUUUGGCCCAGAAAUCAAGCAACCUUCAAUCAAUCUCUCUCCGGGUUCCAUCAGACUUCUCCCUUCCUCUUCUACAAAACAAUCCGUUGCGGUUAACAGAUGAAAGUCUAAAGGCAGUGGCGCAGAACUGCUCUCUGCUUGAUACAGUUAGGUUGUCUUUCUCUGACGGGGAGUUCCCCUCAUUUUCGUCCUUUACAUUAAAUGGAAUACUAAUGUUAAUACAAAUGUGUCCAAUAAGAGAACUUGCUCUUGACCAUGUGUAUUCUUUUAAUGAUGUUGGAAUGCAAGCUCUUUGUUCGGCACAAUAUCUCCAAAUCUUGGAACUUGUGAGGUGCCAAGAGAUCACAGAUGAGGGCCUGCAGCUUGCUGGCCAAAUUCCUCAAUUGUGUAUAUUACGGCUGAGGAAGUGUUUGGGAGCGACUGAUGAUGGGUUAAAGCCUCUUGUCGGAUCUUACAAGUUAGAGUUGUUGGUUGUGGAGGAUUGUCCACAGAUAUCAGAAAGGGGUGUUCAAGGAGCUGCAAAGUCAGUCUCCUUCAAACAAGAUUUGUCAUGGAUGUACUAAGUUUUCCCAUUUGUAAAUAUUUUUCCAGAUGUUGUACAGGUUAGGUUAUUGUGUCUGUUCGACCUUUUGUACAGUCACUAGUUUCAUUUUGUUCCAUAACUAUUCUGUAAUCUGCAUCACGAAGUUCGAUUUGUCCACAUGUUGCAUAAUAAAUGUUAAUCUGUGGUCUGUACCAUUCCCUGUGAAGCAGCUUGUCACUACUUUCUACUAUUAUUUGUGUAUCUUGUUGCAUAUUGAGGGUGCCCUACUUGUGCUCAUCCUAUAGCAUGUUUGGUAUGAAAUUGAUAAUGGCAAGAGUUUCCAGAAUGAGCAUUAAUGAUGAAAGUUGCUUUCAGAUGAUUAUCAACCUGUUUUUAGAUUUUUCUUUUGAUCAGUAUCAACCUAUUUUUGGAUUAGUUGAUUGCUAAUAGAUUCAUUACAUGGCUGGAAAAGAAAGGAAAGAUAAUAUUAGAUAAACAAUUCAUUCAUUCAAUCCCAUCUUUUAUAUAUACAUGGUAAGAACAAUGGAUAUAUGGAUGAAAUAUUUACAUGAUUUAACUAAUUUUUCCCAUUCAGUGUCCUCUUUACCCAACAUUUUACUGCAUAGAUUCCAACUCCAUCUAAUGGCACUUGUUUCCCAUUCAUUUGGAUGUGCCUUUUCGGUCAAAAUGGUUUUUUGUUUUGACUAAAUGAAGUUGUGCCUACAGAACUUGAGAUUCCCCUUGCUAAAGCUGAUUCUAAACACUGGACACCCCUGGAUUAUUCUAGGGAAAUUGCUGUAGUGCAGAGGAAACCCCCACCCCCAACUUGUAAAACUGUCUUCUGGCUUUCAGGAUGCUCUCCGCUCUUGUCAGUCUUUGUGUUCAUCUUUCAUUUGUAUUCCGUUGUACCUGAAGUGCUGCUAUGCAAUCUAGGAUAACAAACAGUUUUGCGCUGGUAAGGUAAGGGUAUUCUUUGGCUGCCCGAUAUAUAUGAUGAAGCAAGGAGAAUGUCUUUUCUACUUUGUGUGUGAGUGGGGGUCCUUAAGCUUGAUUGACUGAUACUAAACUUGCAGAUUUUGUGCCUCUGGUUUCAAUGUUGGAUCUUGCAAAUUUUGUAGUGGUCUAAACCUUGGAAUCGUUCUAUUUUCUAGAAUUGCUUGAUUUCUCUUACAGUGUUAUCAGUCAUAUAAAUGCUUUGUGUUAAGGAGUCGUUCUUUGAUGAUUCCUUGAUGCUCUUCUGGAAAUAAUAAUGACGGGAAGGGGGAUUGGAAAGCUUCUUUCGCCGCUGGCAUAACACUACAAAAACAAAAAAAAUAGCAACUGUGGUUUGGGUGCCUCUUUACUGCAAGAGUAUAUGUUGCUUGAAGAUUUAUGGUGUCUGUUUCUUUAGCAUAAAUGGUUAAAUGAACUGGCUCAUUUAUAGUACAGUCAAACCUCUCUAUAACAGCCUCGUUUGUUCUGGAUAUUUUUGGUUGUUAUAGCAAAGUGCUAUUACUGAGAACAUAUAUUAUAACACAACAUGAAAGUUGGUUCCGAAAAAUCUUGGCUUUUAUAGCGAAGUUUUAUUAUAUAGGGAAGUCUCGUUUGUUCCGGAUAUUUUUGGUUGUUAUAGCGAAGUGCUAUUACACAGAACAUAUAUUAUAACAUAACAUAUGUUAUGAAAGUUGGUUCCGAAAUUUUUUAGCUUUAAUAGCGAAGUGUUGUUAUAUAAGGAUGCUGUUAUAGAGAGGUCUGUAGUAUAAAGAAUGUCUGAAGUAACUAUACUUCAAUUUCCUUGAAUUGGUGGUUAAGAAUCAUAAAGGUUUGCUCACUUGACUAACAUAAGAUGAUAUAGACUUAUUCCAAUUAUGCCUUGCUAUUUCUUUGCAUUGAUAUUUGUUGGACCAAUGUUGCAUCUUUCCAGUUAGAAAAAGAUAUAACAUUCCUUCUUACAUUCAGAUUCCUAAGGAAGGAAAUAUAUGUUUUGUGAAUGAAGUUUAUGCCGACAAGUGUAUAUUUAGAUGUCUUUGCAUUCUUCUAAGAAAGAUUCUGGUUUAUUAGUAUGUUAUAAAUGUUUCUUUGCUUCGCUACAUUAUCGAUGAGUUCCAUGCUUCAGGCUUAUGGUACUGUACUAAGUUUUGUAGGGGGAAAGGAAAGUGCUUAACAUGGAGGAAGAGAAUGAUGAUAGCCAAUGGAGCUGCUAAAGGUAAGUUUCAGUGCCUCUAUGGCUGAUCAAUUGAAGAUGACAAGACAAUUUUGAUACAUGUUCCCCUUGCUAUCCCACAGAAGCUGCAUAACAGAAUCAAAGCAACUGUUAAUACUUCGUGACAUAAAACCAAGAAACAUGUUGGUAGGAGAAGGAUUUGUAGCCAAGGUCUCAUGAUUCGGAUCUAUAGAAUCAAGUGCUUGGAAAUAUCAUAUGUUAGCACUCAAAUAGAUGGCCAUUUGAGUCUUCCUACUGAUGUAUACAGCUAUGGUGUUAUGCAACUGUUGAUUGUUGCUGCUAGAUGAAAAAUAUAGGAAGUUAAUAUUAUCAUUUGGUUGGGCAAGGAGAGUCAAUAUGAAAUAGCAUUCUAUUUCAAUAUGAUUCAUUUCCUCUACCUGCAAAAAUCUUAGUGAUUGAUGUUAUAGGCAUGGAUGCAAAUAUUCCUUUAUGCAUAUAGAGACACACUGAAAUAUUUUCGCGAACAUUGUUUGAAGCCGUACAUGCAGCUGUACCAUUCAUUGUAAUGCUCAGGAAAUCCGUGUUGCUGCCGAAAACAGCCAUGGAAUUUACCAUAACAGCAUUUAUCUUGGGACAAGUCAUAGGCUCUAGGGCUGAACGGCAUAGGCUGAAAGCAGUUGCCAGUAAAAGAAUAUGAUUAUUACUGAAAACCCAACUCCCGUGAAUGGUCAAGCUGGUUGAUGGAGUUUGAGGUGGACACUGCAGUGAGAUUGUUGAUUGGAGCAAAGGUCCUCUGCAGAUUGCUGGUCCCUCUUCAACAACCAGUGUAUUUAGCUGAUGCUUUGUAUGCUUGAUGUUGUAAUGAUAUGUUUCAUGAGGUCGCAUUCGAUCUGUAUGUUCUUUAUAUCAGCAUACAACAUUGGGCAAUUGAAAAUAAGGGACGGGAUGAGCAUUGUUUCUUGUUUAUGGACAGUUGAUAUAUUCAUGAAAUUUGGGAUAGUAUUUUCUGUA